GAGAACAAAAGGAGCGGCACCCCAACCAUCACAAUCCCGGCAUUUCUGCUGUGAAAAAGGAAAAACGAAAUAGUACAAAAGGAGAAGGCUAGGCCAACAGAUCACUAACAAUUGUUUUGCAGCAGGGGGCAUUUUUGAAAGCUCCAGUCUCGCGCUUCUUCGUCAGCCAAAUCUCUGCUACUUCCUUUUUCUUUUGGUUCUUUGGCGUCGCAAGAGAAUCUGAACUCCAGAGCCCAGAUCCUUUGUUCUACUCUGAUCUUGGAUUCCACGUGAUUAAGUUAUGGCAUACCCUGAACCUCAAAAUGCAGUGAGGGAAAUGAUGCAGGUCAAUCUUACUAACAGAAAACCCCGGAUUUUGCUUGCUGCCAGUGGAAGUGUAGCUGCCAUAAAGUUUGGCAAUCUCUGCCAUUGUUUCUCUGAAUGGGCAGAAGUAAAAGCAGUUGUCACAAAAGCCUCUUUGCAUUUCAUUGAUAGAGCAUCGAUUCCUAGGGAUGUAAGUGUUUAUACUGAUGAGGAUGAAUGGUCCAGCUGGAAAAUAAUAGGUGACAACGUGCUUCACAUUGAGCUUCGUCGAUGGGCCGAUAUUAUGGUCAUUGCCCCAUUGUCAGCAAACACGCUUGGCAAGAUUGCGGGGGGAUUAUGUGACAAUUUGCUAACUUGUAUUGUGCGAGCAUGGGACUAUAGCAAGCCACUGUUUGUUGCACCAUCUAUGAACACUUUCAUGUGGACCAACCCUUUCACAGAAAAACAUCUCAUGUCAAUUGAUGAGCUUGGAAUUUCUCUCAUCCCACCUGUCACAAAGCGACUAGCUUGUGGGGACUAUGGAAAUGGCGCAAUGGCAGAACCUUCUCUAAUCCACUCAACCAUAAGGCUAUUCUUAGAGUCACGGUCCCUACCAAGCGACGGAAGAGCUGGUUGAUUCGACAUGAAUGUGUUGCAAUCCAUUGCUUCUGUGCUAGUUGUAUUGCUCUUAGCUGUCUGCCAAGUUUACUGUACAUUUGAUACCUGCAUUUUAGAGUUUGCUUAACUUGCAUAACAUGAGGAAUGCUCUUGAACACUGCAUAAUUGAUCUCGUAAGCUGCAGAUAUUGACGAGUUGCAGAAUCUUAUUAGCUUGAUAAAAUGCUUCCUUUUAAGGAUUAUCCAUCUUUCUUAUGAAAUGGUUCUGUGAUUGAUCUUUAUAGAUUUAAUGAAAA